GGGUGACGUUUGAAUUUUAGAUCGCUCUCUCCCGUAAGGUAAUAUUUGUCCCUAGAGCGUUGUUUUGUUAAGGCUUAAUAUUGGCCGACGCUUACUUUAACAACGUACUUUUUGAAAGUACGCUGCCCUAAUGGACAUGGAAUCAAAUGGGAAGGGUACGUCUCUUCCCAACGACGGAGUGGAUGCAUAUGGGUUCUCAAUACCUCAGGCCUGGGAAUCCUACGAAGAGGCCAUGAAUGAGUAUGGAGUGGUUCUCAACAGAAGAUCCAUGAAAUGGUCCAAACUUCUUCAGGGGAAAGCUCCCAUUGAGAAAAAUCUGACAGUGAAAAGGUAUGUGCGUAAAGGCAUACCCAAUGAGCAUCGGAGUACGAUCUGGAUGGUGUCCAGUGGGGCCCAAGAACAGCUUCAGUCCCACCCAGGUUUCUACCAAUCUCUGCUGGCCAUGGAGCACGACCCCAAGCUGGAAGAGGUCAUCCAUAUAGACAUGCACAGGACAUUCCCUGACAACGUCCUCUUCCAGAGCUCCGUAGAGCCCAGCCAGAGGACGGCGCUGUACAAUGUGCUGCUGGCCUACGGACACCACAACAAGGCGGUUGGUUACUGUCAGGGCAUGAACUUCAUCGCGGGUUACCUCCUCAUCAUCACUAAGGACGAAGAGAAAUCAUUCUGGUUGAUGGACGCAUUGAUAGGCAGAAUAUUGCCAGACUACUACAGCCCAGCCAUGCUGGGGCUGAAGACCGACCAGGAGGUGCUGGGGGAUCUGGUGAAGGCCAAAGCCCCUGCAGUGGGCCAGCUGAUGACCCAGUUCCCCGGCAUAUGGACCCUGGUGGUGUCGCGGUGGUUCAUCUGCCUCUACAUCGACGUGCUUCCUGUAGAGACGGUUCUGCGGAUAUGGGACUGUCUUUUCUACGAGGGUUCCAAAGUGCUUUUCCGCGUGGCCUUGACCCUCAUCAGACACAACCAGCCAGAGAUCCUGAUGGCUCGUUCUCUCAUGGACGUGUGUGAGUGCUUCAAAAGCAUCACCAAGGGACCCUUCACCCAGGACUGCCACCACUUUAUGCAGAAAAUCUUUGCAGAGCCAGGAAGUCUGUCUAUGGCAACCAUUACCAAGAUGAGGGAAUCGUGUCGACAACGCAUCAUCAUGGAGGAGACCAGAUAACCAAGAGGACCUGGAUUCCAUACCAUGCUAGCCCUCUCCAAUCACCUGUAACUAUCACACCGCAGUCACUAUGGCAAAUUAUAUACAAGUCUUCCUAAGAAAUCCCACUGUAGCACUUUCUUAUUGCAAUGUAAUCCAUAUUAGAACUUGAAUCCGUAUUCCUGGUCCUUAAAUUCAAUUUAUUUCCAACAUGUGGAAACCUAUACCCUUUGGUUUGGACCCUUUCAAGUAGCAUGUAUAAGACCGACAAAAUGCAGAUGUCUCUCUAUGCCUAGUAAAAGUAAUUUAAAUAUGGCGCUAGGUGUAAACACAUUAAUGGUAGGCAUGGUCAACAUGCCCACCCGUUGCUAGUUCGGUGGGAGCCCCAGCAGGGUCAGUCAGUCAAUGUCGGAGUACAGACGGUCUUGAGACGAACAAAUACAGACAUGCUUGGAAUUGCAUCCCUUUCUAAAGACGUAUUUUUUAAUGACUAUUUUUGGAAGAUCCUUUUCUGUGUGCAUUUGACCAGUCCAACUUUACUUCCUUGUUUCUGGUUAAUCAUGAAUUGAUUUGUUGUUACCUUUUGAAAUGCUUUCAAACUACUAUUCUAUUCAAAUAGUAGAAAAACUUUUCUAAAGUUCACAUACACGUAAGUUGGAUCUCGGAUGUGUGUAAUGUGUUCCACACGCAUUACAUUUGCAUCCCUGCCAGGGAUGUUGUAGUGUGCCGCUCUCUCUGUAAACUAGUGCAGGCUGGCACACCUACGCAGGAGGAAAUCCCACACAGUCUACAGUAUCUACGGCUACAAAAACACCAGGAAGAUGCAUAGUAUUUAUGAUACAAAUCACUUUUCAAAACUCUGUACAAUUGUGAAUGUAAUAAAUUGUACAUGAGGCAAAACCACAGUACAACA